AUGGCCAAGCUUCUCCGAUCGGGCGCACCGUCGUUCCAAAAUGCCCCCCUUUUCCCCCUGCAAGAGCGACGCGUUCUGAUCCGAUCCACUGUUGCGCUUUUCCUUUGUGUCUUUGAUUUUCUCUCUUUCUCAAACCAAUUCAUCUCUCUCUCUCUCUCUCUCUCUCUCUCUCUCUCUCUCUCUCUCUCUCUCUCUCUCUCUCUCUCUCUCUCUCUCUCGAGCAGUUGUUCGCCGAGCAGCGAAAACAAGAAAAGACCUGAUUUGUUCUUUGAAUGGUUCUUCGAGAAGACCGCCUUUUCCAAAAUCAGAAUCAUGAGCGUCCACGUGCGCUGGCUGCCGCCGGACAGUGCGAGUGCAGCGUCCGGUCGACUGGAUCUGGUUGACGAGCAGGGCCACACGCUGGCGCUGGGUGCAACAACCCCCGUGACGGCUUCUGAACUCGAGGUUUAUGUGGCCAAGGGUUUGAACACUCGCGAGCUCAGCGCUGCCCUUCAAGCGGCAUUCAAUACCUGGCAGCCACCCCUGGUCCAACCCUCGUCCCCGGCCGUGGCCAAUCUCGCCCUCCUUCUUCGCCUACUCUUGCCUCACCAGCAACUUGACACAUCCCUCGCAACAGCCGCUGCUGCCUACGCGGCCAUCCCUGCCGCCCUCGGCAUCAUCCCAGCUCAAGAGUCUUGGCAGGCCCUGGUCGUCGUCCUCGGGGAGUCAAAUCCUACGAUUGUCAAGCUUUGGCAUGUCCGUGACUGGGCCUCUCGCACAUGGCUCCUUCCAGCCAUCUUUCACCUCGCUCUCCAAACCAAGAGCCCCCACGCCAGCCGAGUCUUUGAUCAACUCUUGCCUCUAUUCUUGCAGGUCUUGGAUACCCAUGAGCCCGAGUAUCACAUCCCCUGCCUGGAAGCGCUGGCACAUCUCCUCAACGAAACGCCCGAUGCCCAUGUGAUUGCCCGUGGUCAGGCCGAGGUCCUUCACGCAGCCAUCAAGCCAUUUGUCUACACCAGCGAAGCUGAGAACGUCGUCGCCAGCUGGCCUUGCCUAGCACAGCUUCUUCCGAUGCUCUGCUAUAAACCCUUGCGCGACAAUGAUGAUGUAUACUUUGAUUUUUUCUCCCAGAUUCUGGUGCUGAUCCAGCAUGAAGAUCGGACCGCGCGCACUCGACUGUAUGCCCGGGCGCUGCAACCUGUCGUUGCGCCUGCGUACCUUUUGCUCAGCCCCUCCUACAGCUAUGUCGACAGUACAUUCGAAGCAGCGAUGCUGACACUCGACGUGGUGGCCUGGCUUUGCUCGGCACGUUGA